GAGACUGUUCUCUGCGGGGGUAGGUGACACGACAAGGAGCUGUCGGCUCAAGUUGCAGCGAGGGAGGUUUAGGUUGGAUAUUAGGCAAGAUUUCUUCACUAGGAGGGUGGAGAAGGACUGGAACAGGUUGCCCAGAGAGGUGGUGGUAUCGCCAUCCUUGGAGGUUUUUAAAACAAAGCCCUGGCUGGGAUGAUGUGGUGCUGCUGUGAGCAGCAGUUGGACUAGAUGUGACCUCCUGAGGGCCCUUUCUGCUCUGAUCUCCUAGGAUUUGGUGACCCCUGGGCGUCCCUUCCAGUCCAACUUCCCUGUGCUCCUGUGAGUGCAGUGGCAAGACUUCUCAAGUGCUCCGAUUCUUAUAUUGCCUGCUCUUGAAAGCUGCAGGAGUUAGGGACCUACUGCUUUUAAAAUGUCAGCACUCAGCAGCGAUUGCCCACACUUGGAAUCAGUUGGCGAAAUAACAAAAGAAGAAUUGAUACAAAAAUCUCACGGCACUUGUCAAGACUGUAAAGUCAGAGGACCAAAUCUUUGGGCAUGCUUAGAGAAUAGAUGUUCAUAUGUUGGCUGUGGUGAAUCCCAUGUAGAUCACAGUACCAUCCAUUCUCAGGACACACAGCACUGCCUUACGGUCAACCUUACUACCCUUCGUGUCUGGUGUUAUGCCUGUAGCAAAGAAGUAUUUCUGGACAGAAAAUUACGAACUCGUUCUCCAUUACCAAAUGCAAGGUUAUCUCACCAAGCACAAGAAAAUAGUGUACAGGAUUUUAAAAUACCUGGUAAUCCAACGCUGAAGAUUCCUCUAGUUGCUGUAUUUGAUGACUUGGAUAUCGAGGUGGAAGAAGAUGAACUGAGGACAAGAGGUCUUACUGGUUUGAAAAAUAUAGGAAACACUUGUUACAUGAAUGCAGCUUUGCAAGCUCUUUCCAAUUGUCCGCCUUUGACACAGUUUUUUCUCGACUGUGGCGCCUUAGCUCGAACGGAUAAGAAGCCAGCAAUUUGUAAAAGUUACCUCAAGCUGAUGACAGAACUUUGGCACAAAAGCAGACCUGGUUCCAUUGUUCCUACAAAUUUGUUUCAAGGAAUUAAAACCGUUAAUCCAACAUUUCGAGGCUACUCCCAGCAGGAUGCACAAGAAUUUCUGCGUUGUUUAAUGGAUCUGCUUCAUGAAGAGCUAAAGGAACCAGUCAUGGAAAUAGAAGAUGUCCACCCUACAAGUGUAGAAGAAAACAUGGAAGAAGACAAAAGCCAAUCAGAUCUGGAUUUCCAGUCUUGUGAAUCUUGUAAUAGCAGUGAUAAGGCAGAAAAUGAAGCCAGUUACAAACCCCUCAUGGAAGAUCCUGCAGAGUCUGCUAUGUUAAUUCAGGAUGAUGAAAACCACUCUUUCAUAUGCAAAGAUUGGCAGAAGGAAAAAAUGCUUUGUAACAAGCUUAACCGAAAAAAUUCUAUGGAAGUCUUAGAGAAAGACGCACACAGUGCUUCAGAAACUGCUGAAUUUUUAAACAACCAAGGAACAGUUAAAGUACAAAUACACAGCAGACUUUCAGACUACGCUGCUGGUGACGUCCACACAAAUGAUCUGUCUGCAGCACAAAGUCCUCCAAAAUCAGUCUCAUCAUGGUCUCCGUUGGCACCCUCCCACAAAGAGUGUGAAGAGGCCAAGCUGUCAGCAACUCCAACUUCCCCUCCAGCUAUGUCUGUGAGAGGAUUAUGCAUGCUGAGCACAACAAACUUUGUUCCAUGUGUGACUUCUCCAAAAAAGAAGAGGCAGAAGCGAUACAGGAGUAUUAUCUCUGACAUAUUUGAUGGGACCAUCAUAAGCUCAGUGCAGUGCCUGACUUGUGAUCGGGUGUCUAUAACUCUGGAGACUUUUCAGGAUUUGUCUUUGCCUAUUCCAGGCAAGGAAGAUCUUGCUAAACUGCAUUCUGCAAGCCAUCAGACUUCUCUGGUCAAAGCAGGGUCAUGUGGAGAAGCAUAUGCCCCACAGGGGUGGAUAGCAUUUUUCAUGGAGUACAUUAAAAGCUGGUUUUGGGGUCCAGUUGUAACCUUACAAGACUGUCUUGCUGCCUUUUUUGCCAGAGAUGAGCUCAAGGGUGACAAUAUGUACAGCUGUGAAAAGUGUAAAAAGUUAAGAAAUGGAGUGAAAUUCUGCAAAGUGCAAACAUUUCCUGAGAUACUAUGCAUUCAUCUCAAAAGGUUUAGACAUGAGCUAAUGUUUUCCACAAAAAUUGGUACCCAUGUAUCAUUUCCUCUGGAAGGACUUGAUCUUCAGCCUUUCCUUGCCAAAGACAGUCCCACUCAAAUAGUGACCUACGAUCUCUUGUCUGUCAUCUGCCACCAUGGAACUGCAAGCAGUGGGCAUUACAUAGCUUAUUGCCGAAACAAUUUAAAUAAUCUCUGGUAUGAAUUUGAUGACCAGAGUGUUACAGAAGUAACAGAAUCUUCAGUACAAAACGCCGAAGCUUAUGUUCUCUUUUACAGAAAAAGCAGUGAAGAAGCACAGAGAGAGAGACGGAGGAUAUCAAGUCUGUUGAAUAUGAUGGAACCAAGUCUUCUGCAGUUCUACAUUUCUAGACAGUGGCUGAAUAAAUUCAAGACCUUUGCAGAGCCAGGACCCAUUUCAAAUAAUGAUUUCCUCUGUGUGCAUGGAGGUGUCCCUCCACGUAAGGCUACUUUUAUAGAGGACCUGGUACUAAUGCUACCUCAGAACAUAUGGGAUAACCUGUACAGCAGGUAUGGAGGAGGACCAGCUGUUAACCAUCUGUAUGUUUGUCAUACCUGUCAAAUAGAGGCUGAGAAAAUUGAGAAAAGACGGAAGACUGAAUUAGAAAUGUUUGUUCGGCUCAAUAGAGCAUUCCAAGAAGAAGAAUCUCCAUCUACUUUUUACUGCAUAAGUAUGCAGUGGUUCAGAGAGUGGGAAGGAUUUGUGAAGGGCAAAGAUAGUGAUCCUCCAGGUCCUAUUGAUAACACCAAGAUUGCAGUUACUAAGUGUGGAAAUGUUGCACUUAAACAAGGAGCCGAUUCUGGGCAGAUAUCUGAAGAAACAUGGAAUUUUCUGCAGACAAUCUAUGGGGGAGGACCAGAGGUUAUACUUCGACCACCUGUGGCACCAGUAGAACCAGACAUUUUGCAAACAGAAGAGAAGAUUGAAUUAGAGACCCGUGGUCUGUAGCCUUCAGCAUGAAGAUGAAUUUGUAAGGGAUGCAGUAUCCUUUCCGCUUGCCCAAAAUACAUUCCAAAACUUUUUUGUGUUUGAUGUUUUCUGUCUAGAAAAGGGGCAGCUCCAUUGGGCAUUAUGUUAUUUGGGGAAGAAUGAACUGAAACUUGUAAUAUAAAUUGUUAAAAAAAAAAAAGUACUUUGAAACUGUUCAAACAGACUAUUUCUCUAAAGUUUUGAAAGGCGUAUGGCAUGUAUAUUUUGGAGCGUUUGGUCAAUGGAAAAUAUGUUAAUGCUCAACUUUUUGUUAAGUGUUAUACUUACAGCAUUCUUCCGACUUGGAAAACUGAAAUGAAGGAUUUUUAAAAAUGCUUUUAAAUAACCCUAUAAUUCCUGAUGAGAUAUUUCUGAUAUUUACAAAAAGCAGCGUGUUUUAGUUGUAUAGUUUUGACAAGACAAGUUUAAAAAA